AUGCAACCUGUUACAUCAGCUGCUGGUCGAUUACUGAACAAAUUCUUACUUGUUCUUAAAGAAAGAGAAGAUGAAUUUGGCAGUAUAGUGGUAAAAAAUAUGAUUAUUCCACCAAAUGUUAUAGUACAAGCCUCAAAAUCCGGGAAAAGCACUGCUGCAAACCAUUAUAUAUUUUUAAAUGAUGUACUACAUCCUUGUGUACAUAAAAAAUUUCUUCUCUUCCUUGAUUCUUGGACAAUUCAAACUGAUCAAAAUAAAUUUCGAAAAGUAUUUCCACAUCAAGACAGUCAACUAUUGAUUUUUCUCGAAGGAUCAACUGGUCAUAUUCAAUCUCAAGAUUUAUCAUUACUUCGUUUAUGGCGAUAUUUCCACAAGAAAAUCGAACGCUAUACUCAUAUCAAUCGAACACAAAUGAAUUUAAAUGAUCGGCAAUAUUUCAUCAAUGUACAUUCCAUCAUUCAUAAUCAACUAUCAGCUCCACAAUUCAAAAACCUCAUUAAGAGUGGAUUUAUACAAGCUCGAAUAACUAAUGAAACAAUUGAACAGAUCGAAAAACCAAAAGACAUUUGUUUCAAAUUUUAUGAUUUAUACUGUUCUUCCCAAGAUUGUGAUGAACGAACAUUAUUAAAAUGUGCUUGGUGCAAAAAUAUUUUAUGCUAUUAUCAUUUGAUUGAAGAUUUACAUCUACAUUUAUAG